UGCGCAGCACGGGAUCGCGUACGUGACGGGCUAAGCAAGCAAGUAGCGCUAGCUUCCUCCUGCUCGCUGCUCCUUCAAAAUAUCACCGGUUCGAGUUCGUGUAGCUGGCUGUCCCGCAUCAUGUUCAGAGCCGCCGUCCAACUCUCGUUCUCCGGUGUCCGGAGUUUAACCCGUACGCAACCAGGGUGUCAAGCUCUUUUAGCCUCAAGGUGUUACUCACAUGGGAAGCAAGAGACUGAUGAGGAGUUUGAUGCCCGCUGGGUGACCUAUUUCAACAAGCCAGACAUUGACGCAUGGGAGCUGAGAAAAGGGAUGAACACAUUGAUUGGUUACGAUCUUGUACCUGAGCCCAAGAUUCUCGAGGCAGCAUUGAGAGCCUGUCGGAGGUUAAACGACUUGGCCAGCGCUAUCCGGAUUUUGGAAGCUGUGAAGGAUAAAGCUGGCCCUCAUAAAGAUAUCUACCCGUAUCUGAUCCAAGAGCUGCAGCCAACAUUACACGAGCUUAGCAUCCCUACACCUGAAGAGCUUGGCAUUGACAAAGUGUAGAUGAGUAGAUCUAAUGACAGUGGAUAUCCCAGGACACAGAAUCCUUGUACUUAAAUGUUUGCCUCAUAUAAAUUGUGUGAUAUUUUAAUUUGGCCUUUAUUAAGUUCUUUUGCUUGUAAAAUAUUGAUGAACCUAAUAAAGGAAAGUGUAUCUUUAUUAAGUGCCACACAUUUUGGGAUAUAUUAAUCAGUUUCAGUACUUAUUGAAGCAAUACACUCAAAUCAUAAGUUGCUUUAAUGGAAAGCAGAACAUUGCUUUUACAGUGAAUUUUGUUAGUGUGUCUGGACAUUCUUGUGAGAGUCACAUUUUGCCACCAGGGAGCAGCGUUUUCACAUGAAUGUAAAAAUCAUUUUACUGUAUUCAAUCUAUACAUUUGUUUUCAUUUCAGGGAAAAUGUACAUGCUUGUAAAAUAAACAUGUUCUAAUGGCAAAUGGUGUAAUGUUAUCAACACAUAACUGGAAUAUUUCCCAAAGCUAUACUAAAUACGACAACCUCAAUUUUGUUUGUUGUUCAAACAGGCAAUUCUUACAGUCCAAUGGACUUUGCAGGAUUUAAAAGACAAUAGGUUGUAUUAUGAAUAAUGUUAGAUUCUUUGAUUAUUGGCACGUUAUGCUUAUAAUACCAUGAAUGCUGCAUUUAUUGGGUUGAGCAAAAAAUACCUCUAAAGUGUAUCAAUAGAAAUGUUCAAUGGGCUUGUCUCAAACUCAAUUGUAGUUGUACCAUUUUGAAAUGUGCACAAUUAUUUAAAAGAAAAAGGUUAUUCGUAAAUAAAAGAUUUACUCAAUGGUAAGAUUA